AUGAAAAUCCCAGGAAAUCGUUUAUAUAGCAAUAACUCAUUAAAAUCUCACAAAAUAUGGGAGUCUAUGGAAGAUGAAAAUACAAAUGAAGAAGAGAUAUUAAGAAAACCAAAAACUACAGGUCCAGAAAGUGAGAGUGAUAACUAUAGAGGAUUGUUAGCAGUGGCUCGUUUAACAGGUGUAGCUGAUAGUUCAACAAGAUCUUUAUGUAAAAAAUGUGGUGGUAAUGGUCAUUUAACAUAUCAAUGCAUUGCAGGUGUAAAUUUUACAGUAUCAACAACUAAUAGUAAUAAUAUAUCUACUAGUAACUAUGAUGAUAUAGAUAUCUCAAGUACAUCAUCAGAAGAUUCAUCAUUAUCAGAAAGUAGCGACGACCAUAAAAAGAAAAAAAGAAAAAAGAAAAGCAAAUCAUCCAAAAGAAAACUAAAGAGAAGAGACAGAGACAGAGAUAGAGAUAGAGACAGCUCAACUUCAAGAUCAAGAUCAAGAUCACGUGAUAGACAUAAAAGAAGAAAGGAAAAAAGUAAAGAUAAAAAAGAUAAAUAUAGAGAUAGAUCAACAAGUAGAGAUAGAGAUUCAAAAAAGAGAGAUAGAUCAACAAGCAGAGAGCGUCAUAGUAGAAGAAAAAAUAGAGAUAGAUCAAGAUCAAGAUCAAAAAGUAAAGAAAGAACAUCAACAAACAAUAAAAGAGAGCGAUCAAUCAGUAGAGAGCGUCAUAGUAAAAGGGAUGGGUCAAGAUCAAGAAACAGAGAUAGAGAAUCAGUUAAUAAAAGAGAUAGAUCAAGGUCAAGAUCAAGGUCAAAAAGUAAGGAAAGAACAUCAACAAACAAUAAAAGAGAAAGGUCAAACAGCAGAGAGAUAUAUAAAAGAAAAGAUAGAUCAAGAUCAAGGAGCAAAGACCGAAAAUCAUAUAGAUCGAAAAGAGAUGGAAGUACAAGCAGAGAAAGAAAAAAAUAA